GGAGUAAAACUAUAUCUCGCUUCGCCUCUUCCUCUCUGUCGAAACGCACGUUUGAAUGAGAUGGCCUUGGAUACUGUGUCUCUAGCAACCUGUUCUACGUAGCAUCAAAGAUUGGCAUUGCAGUAGGAGCUGUACCAUAAUAAAGGAGGAACCCUUCAACAGGUAGUUCCAGAUCUCCAUCUCAAUGGCCCCACACCCAGUGGUGCAGGCCAUCAUUGACCUCUCAGCUGGAGCUAUAGGAGGUACAGCAUGUGUGCUGAGCGGUCAGCCCCUGGACACAGCCAAGGUGAAGAUGCAGACCUUUCCCUCCUUGUACCGAGGCUUUGUCCACUGCUUCUCCUCCACAUACAAACAGGUGGGUCUCCGAGGGCUCUACCAGGGUACCAGCCCAGCCCUGAUGGCUAACAUCGCUGAGAAUUCUGUCCUCUUCAUGAGCUACGGAUUCUGCCAGGAGGUGGUUCGCACAAUGGCGGGACUGGGAACGGAGGCUCCACUCAGUGACAUGCAAAAAGCAUGUGCUGGGUCGGUUGCAUCCAUCUUCUCCUCUCUGGUCCUGUGCCCCACUGAGCUGGUCAAGUGUCGUCUUCAAGCCAUGUACGAGAUGGAAGCGUCUGGCAAGAUCGCAAAGGGCCAAAACACGGUGUGGUCAGUGGUGAAGUCAGUGAUGAAGCAAAAUGGUCCUACAGGGUUUUUCACAGGCCUGACCACAACCAUCGCCAGAGAGGUGCCCGGGUACUUCUGCUUCUUCGGGGCCUACGAGCUCUGUCGAACCACCUUUGCUGACAACAUGAAGUGCAGCAAGGAUGACAUAGGAGUGGCCCCUAUUGUGUUCAGUGGGGGUUUCGGGGGUGCAUGCCUGUGGCUGGUGGUCUACCCCUUUGACUGUGUCAAGUCUCGCAUCCAGGUCAUGUCAAUGAUAGGGCGCCAGGAAGGUUUCUUCAAGACCAUGAUGACUAUCAUGAGGACGGAAGGUGUAAGGGCGCUCUAUUCUGGUUUGACUCCCACCAUGAUCCGCACGUUCCCCGCCAACGGAGCACUGUUCCUGGGGUACGAGGCCAGCCGUAAGUUCAUGAUGAAACAGUUUGACAGCUGACCUGGUCCUCCUCCGACAACGAUGUCCCCCAUCUCUUUUUUUGCCUUGUCAUUUGUACUGGUUAACCCUACUACGUUGUGUCGUUAACCUCCUACAACACUCCGAACUGGUUGAAAUGACCUGAUUUCAGUGAGUUCUGAUUGUAAGUGGGUUGAGCUUUGCCCGCUGGGUUGGGCUUGGAACCCACACUCCUCAGAGAAGCAUUGUGGCUAAUAUUAUGUUUUUAGAUACUUGACUUAAAUGUGAAUAUAAACUGAGUGUACAAAAUAUUAGGAACCUAAUAUUGAGUUGCAUCCCCUUUUGCCCUUAACAGCCUCAAUUCGUUAGGGAAUGGACUCUACAAGGUGUCAAAAGCAGGGAUGCUGGCCCAUGUUGACUCCAAUGCUUCACAAAGAUGUGUCAAUUGGCUGGAUGUUCUUUGGGUGGUGGACCAUUCUUGAUAAACACAGGAAAUUGUUGCGCAUGAAAAACCCAGCAGCAUUGCAGUUCCUGGCACACUUCCACCAGUGCGCCUGGCACCUACUAUAGUACCAUUCCCCGUUCAAAGGCACUUAAAUCUUCUCUGAAUGGCAUACAUACACAAUCCAUGUCUCUAUUGUCUCAAGGCUUAAAAAUCCUUCUUUAACUUAUCUCCUCCCCUUUGUCUACACUGAUUGAAGUAGAUUUAACAGGUGACAUCGAUAAGGGAUCAUAGACUGACCGGGUGAAUCCAGUUGAAAACGAUGUCAUGGACCUAAUUCUUUGUACACUCGGUGUAAGGUUGAUAUGCAGGAUGCAUUCCCAGACCUGAUUUGAAACGGGAUCAAGGUCUGGAAGUGGAGUAUUCCGUCUUUUAAUUUUUUACAGUAUUAAUAAAAUACAUGUUAUAUUAUAAAGCCCAUUUUACAUUAGCAUUUGUCUGUGGUACGUCAGAACAGAAUCUCAGAAUAGUCAUAAUCUAUUUCUUAAUCUGCGAGAGGGGUAUACUACAAAGCAGAAUAAAGGAGUUCGACAGUUAGCUUGGUUAUAUAUUCAGAAUUUAAAAUAUAUCUGUAGGGCUGUAAUUUGUAUCAUAGAUACACUUUAACUGUGAGAGACAGAAUCUAAAACAAAAAUCCAGAAAAUAACAUUGUAUGAUUUUUAAAUAAAUAAUUUGCAUUUUAUUGCAUGACAUAAGUAUUUGAUCACCUACCAACCAGUAAGAAUUCCAGCUCUCACAGACAUGUUAGUUUUUCUUUAAGAAGCCCUCCUGUUCUCCACUCAUUACCUGUAUUAUCUGCACCUGUUUAAACUCAUUACCUGUAUAAAAGACACCUGUCCACACACUCAAUCAGACAGACUCCAAUCUAUCCACAAUGGUCAAGACCAGACAGCUGUGUAAGGACAUCAGGUAUAAAAUUGUAGACCUGCACCAGACUGGGAUGGGCUACAGGACAAUAGGCAAGCAGAUUGGUGUGAAGGCAUCAACUGUUGGCGCAAUUACUAGAAAGUGGAAGAAGUUCAAGAUGACGGUCAAUCGCCCUCGAUCUGGGGCUCCAUGCAAGAUCUCACCUCGUGGGGCAUCAAUGAUCAUGAGGAAGGUGAGGGAUCAGCCCAGAACUACACGGCAGGACCUGGCAAUGACCUGAAGAGAGCUGGGACCACCGUCUCAAAGAAAACCAUUAGUAACACACUACGCCGUCAUGGAUUAAAAUCCUACAGGGCACGCAAGGUCCCCCUGCUCAAGCCAGCGCAUGUCCAGGCCCGUCUGAAGUUUGCCAAUGACCAUCUGGAUGAUCCAGAGGAGGAAUGGGAGAAGGUCAUGUGGUCUGAUGAGACAAAUAGAGCUUUUUGGUCUAAACUCCACUCGCCAUGUUUGGUGGAAGAAGAAGGAUGAGUACAACACCAAGAACACCAUCCCAACCAUGAAGCAUGGAGGUGGAAACAUCAUUCUUUGGGGAUGCUUUUCUGCAAAGGGGACAGGACGACUGCACCGUAUUGAGGGGAGGAUGGAUGGGGCCAUGUAUCGCGAGAUCUUGGCCAACAACCUCCUUCCCUCAGUAAGAGCAUUGAAGAUGGGUCGUGGCUGGGUCUUCCAGCAUGACAACGACCCGAAACACACAGCCAGGGCAACUAAGGAGUGGCUCCGUAAGAAGCAUCUCAAGGUCCUGGAGUGGCCUAGCCAGUCUCCAGACCUGAACCCAAUAGAAAAUCUUUGGAGGGAGCUGAAAGUCCGUAUUGCCCAGCGACAGCCCCGAAACCUGAAGGAUCUGGAGAAGGUCUGUAUGGAGGAGUGGGCCAAAAUCCCUGCUGCAGUGUGUGUAAACCUGGUCAAGAACUACAGGAAACGUAUGAUCUCUAAUUGCAAACAAAGGUUUCUGUACCAAAUAUUAAGUUCUGCUUUUCUGAUGUAUCAAAUACUUGUGUCAUGCAAUAAAAUGCAAAUUAAUUACUUAAAAAUCAUACAAUGUGAUUUUCUGGAUUUUUGUUUUAGAUUCCGUCUCUCACAGUUGAAGUGUACCUAUGAUAAAAAAUUACAGAUUUUCUUAAAGAACCAGAAAAUGAUCCGUUAUUUCUCUGUUUAUCAAAGUUAGCUGGCUAAUGCAUUGAUCCUGCUUUGUAGUAUACCCCUGAGUUGUUACUGUUCUUUUGUGGUCUUGUCUGUCUACUGCAGAAGAGCAAUCUAUCUACGCAGCCAACCAUUAUUUUCCUCCUAUUCUCAACACUCCUCCGGAGUGGACCUGACCCGAGGGGUAUACUACAAAGCGGGCUCAAUGAAUUAGCCAGCUAACUUUGAUAAACAACCAGAAAUAACUAUUGAUGUUCUGAUUCAUUAAGAAAGAUGUGUUUUUUGGUUGUUGAGUCAAUUAGACCAUGCCAUUUCAAGCUUAUCCUUCAAAAAAAAAGUUUUCAGAAUAUUUAGGCAGGGUAACUCAUUGAUCCUUUGUUGUAUACCCCUCUGGCUUACUUGUCAUAGUGCUGGUACACGAUUGAGAAAGGCACUGUAAUAGUACUUUAUUUUCCAGCCAUUUCAAGAAAACAUCACUCAUUUUUCAAAUGCAUUUCAAUACUGCAAUAAUACAUUGCCUUUAUGCCAAGUUCCCUGAAAUGUAACUCCGUUAUUCAAAUGUUCAGUGUUUUUCUGUCCUUUUUUUAGUCAUUAAUAUUGGUAACGCUUAACAUUCAGUUGCUCUUAUACCUGUGUAAUAAUGCUGAAAUGUAUUAAUAAUAACAUUGUGCUAACAUGUUAUACGUCAGUAACUGCGUGAUAAUUGAUUUGAGCAGUUUUGUAAUUACAUAGGGGAGGAAUUGGGGGUGAAGUGUUACCUUGUUAUUGUUGUUUGUCUAUUAACCACUAUUCUUCACCUUGUUUGUCAUGUACUGUAAUGUUAUAUUGUGAUGUGCCAAAUCAUGAAAUUCUCAGCUUCAAGCAACACCGACUAAGUAUCAUAUCCAAACUGCCAAUUGCAAUGAUCUGCCGGAGGUAUCAUUCCAUUGUCAAAUAUUCCUUAAACAAGCCUUUACAAUUUAGACAUUUUAAAUAUGCAAAAUUUAUUUCAAAUAAAGAUGCAUAUUCUUUUAUUCAUGUUCAGGAAAUUAUCAAGACCGAGUAGCCUAUUAUACUCUCCUACUGUAAAGAGUACAAUAAUACUGUAUAGAGUAAAGAAUACUAACUGUAUAUGUUGGGGGAAAAUAGUUUUUGUAUUGUAAUUACAUGACUUGCAUUAAAAGUGUCACUGCAGGACAAAGAUGUGGGA